AUGUCACUACUCAAGAUUAAGUUUCCCUUCCAGAAGAGGGUACGUUUGGCCCAGGGUCUCUGGCUGCUGUCAUGGGUCGCUAUGGUCUCUGGAGCCACCACCUUUGCCAUGGGAGUCUUCCUCAAAACUGAGCUUUUCCGCAGGGCCGAGGUGAUGCAUAACAAUGACAUCCAUAUCGUGCCCAACCUGCUCAUAGUGGUGGGACUGAUGUCUGUGGGCAUCAACAUCUGCGCCGGUAAAGUGUGUCAGGACUCGCUGGAUGCCUCGCGGUUUCCACGCUGGAAAAACAUCCUCACUCCUUUCUUCUGCCUCUCUCUUUUCUUUACUUCUCUCCUUCUGGUUGCUAUGAUAUUGAGCUAUGCCCUGCAGCCUAGCCUGGAGGAGUCUCUCAAAGUGGGCUUGAAGAAUGGCAUUCGUUUCUAUAAGGACACAGACACUCCAGGCCGCUGCUUCCAGAAGGAGACCAUUGACCGUCUGCAGAUAGAAUUCCAGUGCUGUGGCAACACUAAUUACAGGGACUGGUUUGAAGUGCAGUGGGUUAACAACCGCUACCUGGACUUCACCUCAAAAGAAGUGAAAGACCGUGUAAAGAGUAACGUGGAUGGCCGUUUCCUAGUGGAUGGAGUCCCUUUCAGCUGCUGUAAUCCAGCUUCCCCCAGACCCUGCAUCCAGUACCAGCUCCUAGACAACACAGCCCAUUACAACUACGAGUACCAGAGUGAGGAGCUGAAUCUGUAUAACCGUGGCUGCCGUCAGGCUCUGGUUAACUACUAUAUGGGUCUGAUGAACUCGAUUGGGCCUGGAGUACUGUCUGUAUUUCUAAUUCAGAUGACUGUGGUGAUUGCCCUGCGCUACUUGCAGACCUCCAUGGCAGCCGUGGAAGGACAGGAGAAUGUGGAGAUCGAGACGGAAGGUUACAUCCUGGAGAAAGGUGUGAAGGAGACGGCCAAAGAGUUUAAGGAGAAACUGAUGAAGUUGUUUCAGCAAGGGCAGGUGGAAGCCGCCCCUCCAGCAGCUGAACCAGAGGCAGCAGCAUCAGCAGAGAAAGCAGACACUGCCUCUAGCUAAAGGAAGCAAUUUAGACCUCUAGCAACUUUAAACCCUGACAAUAUUCUUCUGUUCUCCUUCUAAAUUUACUUUAAAAAUUCACAUAACUGUGGAAUGUCAGGGGGAACCACAAUGCAUGCUGUUCGUAGGCCAUCAUUUCUGCUUUAUGCAUGCCUGUAAAGAUAUAACAGUAUAGAGCAAAUGUAAAAAAAAAUGCAUGAGUCAA